AUGGUAAUUGGAGUUAGGCUAGGAGAAUACGAUUUACGAAACACGGAGGACUGCGAAGAAGGAUACUGCGCUCCAAAAGUGCAAGAUUUCCGAGCGGAAAAGAUGAUGAUUCAUCCGAACUAUAACAAACGGACAUACACAAAUGAUAUAGCGUUGAUAAGGCUAGACUAUAAUGCAAAUUUUAGUUAUUCCAAUAUUAAACCGAUAUGUCUUCCGGUGAGCGAAAUUAAUGACGACCUAACGGGAAAAUCGGCUAUCGUCUCCGGAUGGGGUGCUACGGAAAAAGGUUACAAAAGUCCCAUACUUCUCAAAGUAUCAGUACCCGUGUUGACACUGUCUGUUUGUCAUAAAGUGUACCAACAGUUUGCUCCAAUUACGGAUCAGCAAAUAUGUGCCGGUGGAUACAAUGGUAGAGACUCAUGUGGAGGAGACAGCGGUGGACCGAUGAAGUAUGUCGGACUUGUUGACGGCUCGCCUAGAUACAUACAGUACGGAAUUGUAUCAUUUGGCCCGAGACAAUGCGGUGCCGAUGGGCAACCGGGUAUUUACACCAGGGUUGGGAGUUAUAUCCAAUGGAUUUUGGAUAACAUGGAAGAAUGA